CCUAAUGUACACGUCUGCCAACUAGUGCCCCAGCACUUGAGUUUCUGACAAACACCCAUAACACUGAUCUUGCUCCAUUGCAGUUUACGUGCAAUCCGAUUGCAUCAAAAAGUGUCAAAACUGCAAUGCUGAAGCUGAAGCUGAACAAAAUGCAUCACCUUGUGGAGCAACGGUCAAAACUGUCUGUGUUGGAGUAUGCUGACCUCGCGAUCAUUGACAUUUUGAAAGCCAGCUCCGAAGAUGGUCACGCUGUGCUUGCAAUUGAGUUACGGGAGGCUCUCUUGAACCUCGGGUUCUUCUAUGUUAUGACUCGCAUGUUUGACAUUGCAGACGUACCCUUUUCAGCUGUCACUGACGAUGAGAAGCAAAAUUAUCCUUUGACAAGAAAGCAAAAUGGAAUGCUCCAAGGAUAUACCUCAGUGCAGUACGUGUAUGACAAUGGUUGGGUGUGUGACCAGCUUGAACAAUACUGUAACUCACCUCACCUCACUCUAGUCCAUCAUGAUGUAACCAAGCGAAGGCACCCAGAAGCCCUUCUCCCUCUCCUCCCUGAGAUACAGGAGUUUAGCAAUCACAACUACUUCAAUGUGUUACAUCCUAUCCUGAGGCUUAUUGCCCACAGCCUUGAGCUACCAGAAGAUACACUGUUGAAAAAACAUGUCUUUGGCACCACUGGCGAGACAGCCGUUAGGUUCAUCAAGUACUACCAACGAACAGAGGAAGAAGAAGCCAAAACAAAGAAUGUUUGGCUGAAGGGCCACAUGGGUCAGUAA